AUGGCUCACGAAGAAGAAGAAGAUCAGAAUGAAAAGGCCCAAACCCCAUCGGCCACAACCUUCUCCAAGUCCAAGACGUACAUCUUUCUUGAUGAAAUUGGUAUCGGUUUUACCGGUGUUGUGUACAAGGUAAUGUGCUUUCCAAAGAACUCCAUGUUGGUGGCAAUGAAAGCCGUGGAUCUUGAUCGAUCCCGGCCGGCGCAUAUAGUAAAUGUUGAACGUCAAGUCCGGACCAUGUCCUUUCUUUCCCACCCAAACAUCCUCACCCCUUACUGUGACUCCUUCACACAUGUUACCGGACGUCACCUUUUGGUGGCGAUGCCAUUAAUGUCCUCUGGUUCUGUAGGAUCCAUAAUAUCUUCUUCUUUCCCACACGGCUUAUCCGAGCCAUGCAUCGCCAUACUUCUCAAACAAACCCUCACCGGCUUGUCUUUUCUUCACAGCCAAGGACUCCUUCACAGAGACAUCAACCCCCGUAAAAUCCUCAUUGACUCAGAUGGAUCCGUCAAGCUUGCGUCAUCCUCUUUGAUGUUCACUGAUGCUCCGGGCACUAAUGGUAUGCCACCGGCGCAAAAAUAUGGUUACGGCUUGAAGUUUGAUAUCUGGUGCUUUGGAGUCACUGCAUUAGAAUUGGCCCACGGAUCCGGACGCUCUUCUUCAAAGCUCAAGAAGUUAUCCAAGGCUUUCAAUGACAUGGUGGCUUCGUGUCUCCAUCAAGAUCCAUCAAAGAGGCCCUCGGCAGAGACAUUGUUGAAGCAUUCCUUCUUCAAGAAUUGCAAGGGUUCGGAUUUUCUUGUAAAGAAUGUCUUGCAGGGGCUGCCUAGUCUUGAACAAAUUUUCAAGGAAAAGAAGGUUAAGGUAAUUUCGCGGUUGACGACCAAUAACAAUGGCGCUGAGGGUGGUGACUCAUCAGUUGUGAAAAAAUUUCGGUUUGGCGAUGAAUCUAUAUUAACUGAAGUCACGUUGGAGCGUCUGGUGGCGUUGAAGAGGAGAUUGGAUGAGCGAUGGUCAACGGUGAGCACUAUGAUUGUUCAGUGGCUUGGGGAGGAAGGUGGGGAGGUGAGCAAUGAGGAGCAGAUGGCUCAGGUUAUUGAGAGGCAGAGGGUUGAGUUGGAGAAUGAGAGAAAGAGGACGUUGGAGUUGGAGAUGGAGUUAAAUUUACUCGAGCGCCAAAUUUCUGGUUCAUAUGCCAGUUGUAGUGGCCGACGCUAA